AUGGCAGCCCUGCCUACAGAACAACCGUCAAGGCCAACAGAGUCCAAGAGAAUCUUGGCUUGUGUGCUUUGCCAGCAACGCAAGAAGAAAUGUGAUCGCAAGAGUCCAUGCUCCUUUUGCAUCAAGGCCAAAGUCACUUGCAUACCGAGUACACCAGCUCCCAAGCGUAAGCGACGGAAGCCCACAAAGGAGCUUCUUGAACGCUUGGAGAGAUGCGAGCAGCUCCUCAAGAGAUGCACAUGCGUGCAAAAGUCUCAGAUGUAUGACAUGCCAGGACAUUAUAGCGAGUCCAGCAGCAGUCCCACGGAUAGCCAUUCGAGUCCACCUCCAGAGUACGAAAAGGUGACACCUUCGAGCUAUGAGCAGCACCAAACCUUUUCACCACAAUAA